GAAGCCGCGGGAGGGCCAGCAGCGUCCAAGUUAGCGCCGGCCUCCGGCUCCGCCGGCUCCUCCUUUUCCCUCCCCGCCAGGAUGUGAGCUCAGCGGCCGCGCCGCCUCCUUCCUCUUGUGUAAUGCUUACCGGUUUCCCGUGCGGCGGCGGCCGAGGAGCCGAGAGCGCUGGGGGCAAGCGCGGCCCUGGCCUCCCGGGACUCCCCGGGGCCAGCUGAGGAGAGGCGGUGAGUCGCCGUUGGCGCGGCGGCAAGGCUCGCGCUCUCCCCCUCACGCCUCGCCUCAGGCGGCGGGAAAGCGCCUGAGGUAAAAGGGCGCGAGGAGGACCCACACGCCGCCCCUGUUGGGAGGAGGGACUUCGCUUUUGAGGGGUCCCCAGCGCCAUGGCGGGCCCCCUUUUAUUGGGGGACCCUUCGCGAAGCCUUUCCUUUCUCUCCCCCGAAACUGCAAAGGGAUGUUAAGGAGCAGGGAGUGGUGUUUUCUGAGGGAGGGAGAACGGACGGACUGACUGACGGGCUCAUUCAUGGCCGACCGCUGGGCAUGGCAAAUAGAAAUGUUGACCAGCGUGAUGGUGCCUUGGCUUCGUCGACUUGAAUCCGAGACGCCACAGAGCGGGGUUUCCCAAACUUGGGUCGCCGGCUGUUUUUUUUUUAAGGACUACAACUCCCAUCAUCCCUGGACUACUGGUCCUGCUAGCUAAGGAUGAUGGGAGUUGUAGUCCAAAAACAGUUUGGGAAACUGCUCCAGGAGAGAGAGAGAGAGUAUGUAUGUGUGUGUGUGUGUGUGUGUGUGUGUGUGUGUGUGUGUGUGUGUGUACAGUGCUCCCCCCCCCAAAAAAAGGUUAGGGCUACUCUUAUUUUGACUUGAGAAAAAUCACCAUUUUAUACUUCAAAUUGGGAAAAAUAAAUAAAUGGGCAAAAGUACUGCACAAAGAUUCACAAAAUGUUUAGGGGUAUGCGUCCCCCCAGAGAAAAGUGCUCUGUGUGUGUGUGUGUGUGUGUGUGUAUAUAUAUAUAUAUAUAUAUAUAUAUAUACACACACACACAUACACAUACAUACAGGGUGAGUCCUUUAAAAGAGGCCCCGUGGAUACAGAGUACACACGUUCCAUGGGGUCUCUUUUAAAAGACUCACCCUGUAUAUGUGUGUAUAAUAAAAUGUGUGUGUGUGUAUAAUAAAAUCUUCCAAGAUGAAUCUUAGAAGGAAACGGAAGGAAGAGGUGUAAAGUUAAAAGGCAGGAGAAGUGUGAAAUGCUGUGGUAGAAAUUGGCCAUGGCUUGCCGUGGGAAUGUUUCUAGAAGGCUGCUUGGGAAAGCGGUGCCUUUGCACAGCCUGGUCCUUCCAAAUAUUUUUAGACUGACUACAAUUCCCAUCAGCCCCAGCGAGCAUGGCUCCAUGGUCAGGUGCGAUGGGAAUUGUAGUCCAGCAGUGUCUUGGUUUGGAAAAGGCUGCCCUGUUAAAUAUUCUGUGUUAAGGGAAAUGGGAGCCUUUGGGUUAUUAAAUGCUGUGAUCUCAGACACGUUGUGAAAAAUGGGAACGUACGGGGACAUAACAGCCUCAGGUGACUCGAGGGGUCAGUGCGUCUGGCGUUUUGAGGUUGGUGUUUUGAGCCCAUCCAGGGAUGACUGCAGACAGGAUUCCUGCAUUGCAGGGGGUUGGACUAGAUGACCCUCAGGGUCCCUUCCAACUCUGCAGUCCUUUGACCCACCUAGUCCAGCAUCCUGUUCUUUCAGUGGCCAACCAGAGUCCUAUAAGAAGCCCAAAAGCAGGAUCUGAGUGCAACAGCACUAUUCCCACUUGUGAUUUCCAGCAACUGGGCUCUAUAUCGACUUGCCGUCCCAUUCUACACUUUCUAAUUGAUAUUUUAAAUCAAGUUGGUACAUAUGUGGACUCAGUUUAAUAACAUUAAUAAAACAAGACAUUAACAUACAAAUUAUUAUUUAUAAAAUAUUUCAGAUAGAGCCACUUAAUAGUAAUUUGUGUGUUUCAAAAUGAAAUCCUGUAUUGUGUGUCGUUUGUGAAGAGCAAUGCAGUUGAGAUUAACAAAUCGUUCUCUUGUCUUUUUUAGGCAGAGUUGUGACGAAGAACUAAAGGUCUGCCAUGGGGAACCAGCUGGCUGGUAUUGCCCCUUCUCAGAUCCUCUCCGUUGACAGCUAUUUCUCAGACAUCCAUGACUUUGAAUAUGACAAAAGCCUGGGCAGUACUCGGUUUUUUAAAGUUGCCCGAGCCAAGCACAGAGAAGGUCUGGUGGUCGUCAAGGUGUUUGCCAUUCAAGAUCCAACUUUACCCUUAACUAGUUACAAGCAGGAGCUGGAGGAGCUGAAAAUAAGGUUGAAUUCUGCGCAAAACUGUCUUCCCUUCCAGAAGGCCACAUUAUCUGAAAAAGCAGCCAUGCUUUUCAGGCAGUAUGUACGAGAUAAUCUCUAUGACCGUAUUAGUACUCGUCCGUUCCUGAACAACAUUGAGAAACGGUGGAUAGCCUUCCAGAUCUUGACUGCAGUGGACCAAGCACACAGGUCUGGGGUCCGUCACGGAGACAUCAAAACUGAAAAUGUCAUGGUGACCAGCUGGAACUGGGUCCUUCUAACAGAUUUUGCUAGUUUUAAACCAACCUACCUUCCUGAAGACAACCCUGCUGAUUUCAAUUAUUUCUUUGAUACGUCAAGAAGGAGGACUUGCUACAUUGCUCCAGAGCGCUUUGUUGAUGGCAGCAUAUUUGCAACGGAACUGGAGAAUAUGAGAGAUCCUUCCACUCCCCUGGUGGACUUGGCUAACAGUAAUCAACGAAGCAGGGGGGAACUAAAGCGUGCAAUGGACAUCUUUUCUGCAGGUACUUUAAAGUGAUCAAUUAAACGAUAUGCAUAAGCUGUGCCUUCAUAGAAAGUGUUGCUUUCUGAUUUCUGGGGGCGAGUGGGGAACUUAGUGCAGUCUUGUGAUAACUAAAACCACCAGCCUUUUCCAGAUAUAAUGUAUGAGAUACAGUAUAGAACUACAGUGGUACUUUGGUUCUCAGACUUAAUCUGUUCUGGCAGUCCAUCCCAAAACCAAGGCGUGUUUUCCCAUAGAAAGUAAUGCAAAAUGGAUCAAUCCAUUCCAGUUUUUUAAAAGCAACCCCUAAAACAGCAAUUUUAUAAGAGUUUUACUAUCUUACGAGACCAUUGAUCCAUAAAAUGAAAGCAAUAAACAAUGUACUUCAGUCACACAAUCAAUCAGUAGCUGAACUAGGUUCCACACAGUCAGAAAAACAAACAAAAAGAGCCGCAAAAACAAAAAUGCAAAAUAAAUAGCAAAAACAGACAGACCUCAGUGUAACAUUCAAAACGGAAGUGUGGCACUCAAAAGGGAAGUGGCACUCAAAACGGAAGUGUAACACUCAAAACCGAAUUGUGGCACUCAAAACCGAAUUGUGGCACUCAAAACCGAAUUGUGGCACUCGAAUCGGAAAGGCAACACUCAAAACGGAGCAAAUUCGGCUUCCGAAAAAUGUUUGCAAACCGGAACACUUACUUCCAGGUUUGCAGUGUUUGGGUUCCAAGUUGUUUGAGUACCAAGGUAUUUGAGAACCAAGUUACCACUGUACAUACAGGCUUUACUUCACAGUCACAUUAGUCUGCAUGAUAAUUCUUAGCAUUCCUUGUGAAUCCUCAAGUCUUCCUGUGAUUAGCAAAGUAUAAUGUUUAGCAGGAGGCUUGCAAACAAUUAAGCUCCACAUUUGUCCAGCUAAAGUAUAUAUAAAAAAAUAACAUAUAGUACAUCUCUCCUGUAAUCAUACCACUUCAGAAUGUAAUGGGAAAAUGCAUCGUUGAAAGCUCCGUGUAAAAAUCAUAAUAAAAUCAUUGCACAUAGAAAACUAGCAAGUAAGUAUGAAGGGUCCUAGCUUAGCCUUCUCCCCAGUACGCUAGUUUUCCCCAUUUAGAAUGGUGUUGUUGUUUGUUUGCUUCCUUGUAUUUUUAAAAACAAACAAACAAGCAUGCCAUUCUCUCAUCUGCGUUCUGAAAUGGUACUGUCCCAGGAGACAUACUCUAAUUUCUGUAGUUGCGAAGUACACUGAAUAACAGUAGCAUCUCUGUAUUUUAAUGGUGAUUCAUACUGGGCUAAUUUCUGUGCCUCUGAGGGUGCUUCCAGAUGUGGGCUUAAUAUUACAAAAAGGCUAUUGAGACAUUGCAAAUAGGGCAUUGUAACUUGCUGGAUUUUCCCUUUUCUGGAAAAUCCUGAUUAAAGAUGGGGGGAGGAAAUAUGGAGUGGUAUUUUGAUGUCAAUAGCAUUGUAUUAAAUGCAUAAUGAACACCAUUCCCCCAUAAACACCUGUCUGGAAGCAAUCUGAAAGCACUUCCUGGUGUCAAAUCCAUGUGGCUACUUUUGUUCCACUGGGGUCUCUGCAUUAAGCCUGUGGGUUGUAGUGGGAGGAUUGGUCACAUGAGUUAGCCCCAGAUACAUUAGUGAAAUUGUAAAACAUGCUCACAAGAAACCUUAUAAUUUCAUGAUCCACAAUAUUUUUUUGUUGGCAUCAAUGUCUUCUUACUAUUUAGAGGCCAGACAUCUUGCCCUGGUGCUGACAGUUAAUUUGCACUUCUGUCAUUCUUCCUAAGUGAUGUGAAUCUACAUGCAGGUUUGGGGGCUUCAUCAUGUUGGGCAGCCCUUGAUUGUUUCUGCUUCAGGAAGCAAUAGUAGUUACCUUGGUUGAGAAAUCCUACAGUCAAUUGAAGGACAGAGAAACUAACUCCAGGCACAUCUAGAGAAGAACAGCUUAUUUUCAUACUUUCUUUCCUUUUUCAAUAAACAGUAUUUGGUGGGAGCUUUUCUGCCUAGCUGUCAGUGUAUGAAGUGGGUUCAUAUUGUGUUCUGAAUGCAGUCAACUGGUAGUAUAUAGUCUCGCUCAUUCAAUAGCAGGAAAUAUGGAUGCCAACAGGUGCUGAAUGCUCCUUUUCUCCAGGCUGUAAAGGUUAAUCUACAAUUUUGAACUCCACAUGGGGUUCUGUCUACAUUGCAGCCCUAGUCAUAUUGUUUUGGGCCACUGAUCAUCUCUUGUGGAUGUGUGGGUGUGUAAAACAUCUUCAGGCCUGCACGUAUUCUUACUGGUUCUCAGUGAUGGUUUCCAAGAUCAUUUGAACACCAGAGGGGGGGGGGGGGAAAGGAUGUGGUUGAUACGCUUUUCCCACACACCCCAAUUUGAUGGGGCUUCUAUUUCUUUUAAAAGAAAUAGAAUGCCCUCCCAUCAGAUGUUAAGGAGAUGCGUAAUUAUAUAACAUUUAGGAAACAUCUGAGGGAAGCCCUGUAUAGGGAAGCUUUUUAAGAUUUAAUGUUUUACUGUGUUUUUAUAUAUGCUGGAAGCCGCCCAGAGUGGCUGGGGCAACGCAGUCAGAUGGGCAAAGUACAGUGGUACUUCGGGUUACAUAUGCUUCAGGUUACAUACGCUUCAGGUUACAGACUCCACUAACCCAGAAAUAGUACCUUGGGUUAAGAAUUUUGCUUCAGGAUGAGAACAGAAAUCGUGCUCUGGCGGCAGCGGGAGGCCCCAUUAGCUAAAGUGGUGCUUCAGGUUAAGAACAGUUUCAGGUUAAGAACGGACCUCCAGAACGAAUUAAGUUCUUAACCCGAGGUACCACUGUACUACUAAUUUACUAUUAUUAUUAUUAGUAGUAGUAGUAUUUAUUAUAGCAGUAGAGUUAGAAAAAGCAAGUUCCUGUGCUGCAAGCUGAAGUCUUCAUCAGCCUCCUGAUGUCAGUUUUUGGAGUGCAGGAUUAUGGUUCUAUAUUGGUAACUAGAGCACUGAGGGCUGGAAGUUGAAUGAACUAUAGAGGUGGAGAGAAGUGAUGUCUUCUUAAAUGCUCAAACUUGAAAAGGAAUGUGUGGGCAAUUGGAAAGUGACAUCAUCUCCAUCUUUUAUAGUCUUUGGUUAUGAGCAGGCAAAACAAGAGAUGUCUACCAAAUAAUUCUCAGGAAGCUGUUCUGUAUUUUCCAGGUUGCGUAAUAGCUGAGCUCUUUACAGAAGGUGUACCUCUGUUUGACUUGUCACAGCUUUUGGCGUAUAGAAAUGGCCUCUUUUCCCCUGAACAAGUCCUGAAUAAAAUUGAAGACCGGAGUAUUAGAGAACUGGUAACUAAUUCCAUUCUAUUUACAGUGGCUUAUUGCAUUUUCCAUACCUACUUUCAUAAUAAAGCAUUGCCUUCACCUUGCUCUUUUUGCUCUUUUUUAUCUGAAGGUUACCCAGAUGAUCCACUGUGAACCAGAAAAACGUUUAGCAGCUGAAGACUACUUGAAACAACAACGAAACAACGCAUUUCCUGAAAUAUUUUAUACUUUCCUCCAGCCUUACAUGGCACAGUUUGCCAAGGAAACCUUUGUAUCUGCAGAUGAGCGCAUUCUCGUUAUACGUAAAGAUCUGGACAACAUUAUCCAUAAUCUCUGUGGGCAUGACCAAACCGAAAAAGCUGAAGGAGAGACAAAGGAAAAUGGGCUGGUCAUUUUGGUGUCGGUGAUAACGUCCUGCCUUCAGACCCUCAAAUACUGUGAUUCAAAGCUGGCUGCUUUGGAACUGAUUCUCCAGUUGGCACCCAGGUUAAGUGUGGAAAUUCUGCUGGAUCGUAUCACGCCUUAUCUCUUGCAUUUCAGCAAUGACUCUGUGCCCAGAGUAAGGGCAGAAGCCGUUAGGACACUCACUAAAGUUCUUGCUCUGGUCAAAGAAGUACCACGUAAUGAUAUCAAUAUCUACCCAGAGUACAUCUUGCCAGGUAUUGCACAUUUGGCCCAAGAUGAAGCCACUAUUGUCCGACUGGCUUAUGCUGGUAAGAGGGGAGAUGGGGGGCUUUGGGGAAGGUUUUCUUUGAUGUCAUUGCAUUUCUUUUUUAAAAUCACAACUGGAAUAAAGAGGGAAGUGUCUGCAAAUGUAGAUUUUUAUUUAGUGCUGAAUUUAUUUUUCCUUGUAUGAGAAUUUGGGGGAUAAAAAAAAGAAAUUAUCAGAAUGACCUGUUGUGUCUAAAUUAAAUAAAUAGGCCAGAAUGUCAAUGGCAAAAACAUGUUUGGGUCCUACCAUCUGCCUGUCUUACUCCUCUAAAAAUAACAAACCAACCAGGAGUGUGCCCUGCUACUUGUGCUUCUGACACAAGAAUGCCAGAAUGAUCAUUGGUUUCUUUGGAUCUGAAACAAGUUUGUCUAGACCUGCAUUCUGUUUUUGCCAGUAUGUGAGGGGUCUCUUGGAACCCACACACAGAAUAUGAUGGUAGUGCCGAGGUCCAUAUGGCACAGACAUGAAAUGGGCAUCAUUGGUGCCUAUUGCCCAUGCCCUGCCUCCAAAAAACUGGUAAAGGAAGCAAUUUCUCAAAGUUCAAGCUUGGUUUUCUAUGUCUGGGGUAAGCCAGUAUAAGAUGCUGUUAUUCUGAGACACUUCACAUUUUAAUCACAUAUCACCUGUGCUUAAAACUAUUGCCACUGUUGCUGUUGUUGUUAAUCUUUUUUUAAAAAAAACUUGGAUUAUCUGUCUCUUACAUCCUGCUCUGAUAUUUGCAGAAAACAUAGCACUGUUGGCAGAAACUGCUCUGAGAUUCCUAGAACUCGUCCAGUUGAAAAACUUGAACAUGGAGAAUGAACCAAAUAGUGAAGAAAUGGAUGAUGCAACACAUCCAAGUGAAAAUUAUGAUACUGGUAAUGUAUCUUUCACUUUCCUUUACUUAGAGCAUGCUCAUAUGAAUACUUAUUGGGGAGUAAGCCCAAUUGGAUGUAGUGGUUGUUGUGUCCAAAUGAACAUGCAUAGACUCAAGAGACUGUUAAUUUUUUCAUCUUUAUGGUUCAGAUUCCAGAAGGAUGCUGAGAACUAUAGUAGGGAUUUAAGAUAAUCUCCCAAUUCCUAAUGAGAAAGAGGCACCAAAAGACCAGUGCCACAGUCAAGCCGCGAUACCUUUAUCCAGUCCUUCAGGAAAUCAGACUGGUGAUCAUCCUAGCAAGAAAUUAUGACUUAAGGAUAGCCAUCACCCUUCUUGGCAUUUUAAAGCUCUGUGGAACUUGACAGAGCACAGAGAAAACAUUGUCCUACAAGGCCGCCUAAAAAUAGCUGCUCAAAGAAGAUAAAAUAUUUUGAAUAAAUAGAGUUUUGCACGUAAAGCAGAAGUGGGGAACAUGAGGCACGGGGGCGGAUUUAGCAAUCCAGGCCUUUCUCACUGGCCUUUGGACUCUUCCCAGGCCACACCACUCCCAUUGCCCUGCUUUGUGCCCUGAUCAAGCCCUUAUCAAUCAGAGUGGCAGAUUGACCUUUAUCUGUGAUAAUCCCGCUUGUUUGCUUGGAUGGCUAGAUGUGUUUGUGGGAGGUAGAAAUCUCCAGCACUUGUGUGUCUGGAAUAUAGCCUACUGUACAAAGUUAAGAGUCGUAUCAGUUUUUCCAUCAACCUUUGCCUCUGGCCUCAUCCACCACUGGCAUGUGUCCCUGGAAGGUUGCUGAUGAGGUAAUGUAACCUUCUGGCUGAAAGAAGUUCCUCAUCCCUAAACUAGAGCCUUCCAUAUUCCCUAUAGUGUUAAGGAGAUCACUCCAAUGGGCUUAAGUGCACAGGUAUAUCCUCAACACUGAAGUGUGUGAGGAACGUAAUGUUUGCAGAGUGAACUUUAGGUUCUGUGCAGCAAGUACCUCUAAAGAGGAGUUGCUUCCUAGUUUCUAAAAUCUAAGGUGUUUAAUUGAGCAAAUAGUCAGGGAGACUUUUAGUUGUCCCUUCAGUUUCAAUGUUGCGCAUCUACUCUAAACCUCUCACUCCCAAGGCUACACAAAGCUACCCACAAGAGGUUCGUCUCCUGAUCAAAAUGUUUUUCUUACCACAAUUGCGUGCUGGUCCUGCUUCUGCUCAUUCUCUCUUUCUCUGUUCUAUCCACUAUCCCUUCCCCUGCCAUCUGAAGGGCAGUCUUUUAUCCUAGUGCUCCUCAAGCCGCAGCAGGCCUAGAGUAACCUUUGAAGUUAUAGGAAUGGCCAGAAAAUUGAAUUUCUUGGGUGUUGUUAACAUAGUGCUUUUUCUGCAUAUUUGCUGAUCUACUUACACACAUAACCACAUACAUCCAACAGGUAGAUAGAUCGCGAGCCACUGGCAGAUUGCGGGGGGUCCAUGGUAGAUCGAAGUAGAUCACGGAGUGCUCCCCCCCCCAAAAAUAAACUUUGGCUCCCUAAAAAAAGUUCAACAACUCUGGUAGAUCACUGCCAGUUUUUUUUAGUGGGAGUAGAUCUCAGUCUCUUGAAAUUUGGACAUGCCUGGCAUACAUGAUUCCUUUAGAAGCAGUGACAUUGUCAGUGCAGCAAAUUGGAUACCAUAACCUCAACCAGUUUAGAACAAGGAAGCAUAGAAACUCAAUGCGAGUGUUGCAGUUCAUGUGGGGUUGUGACUGCGCCCUGAUGUGUAUGCUGUGGGCCCAACCCAUGGCCUUUGACCACCCAUGGCCUAAUGCCGUUAUAUAUAUGAGUGUGUGUGUGUUUUAAAAAUAUAUAUUAAAUAAUACAAAAAUAAUGACCAACAAAAGGCGGGAUUCCUGAGUGCAAAUAAUACAUCACAAGGAUGAUGACACAGUCACAUCUGGUUUUUCCUUAACCUUUUUCUAUGGUCUUCUUUGUAGAGCUUCAGGCCUUGCAUGAAAUGGUCCAACAGAAAGUUGUCACUUUGCUGAGCGACCCUGAAAACAUUGUGAAGCAGACGCUGAUGGAAAAUGGAAUAACUCGCCUUUGUGUCUUUUUUGGUCGUCAAAAAGCCAACGACGUUCUCCUCUCCCAUAUGAUCACCUUUCUCAACGAUAAGAAUGACUGGCAUUUACGAGGAGCGUUUUUUGACAGCAUAGUGGGUAUGUGCUUGACAACAAAUACCAGCUUUUUAUCCUGAGGUCACAUUUGGGCUGAUAGCUUUAUUAGGACCAACCCCAAAGUCACAGAAAUGUGGUAAGCUUUCAAGUUUUCCAGAACUGUUCUUCAGACGUUAUACAAAUCAAGGGGUAGUGCGUGCAGGAUUCCUUUUAUGUGCAGAUUGAUAGAAUGAAUUAGCACAAGGAAGGAACAUAGUCCCUCAAGCCUGUCACAGAAGACACUUUAACCUCAAAGCCAACAUUUAGGAGAAGUUUUAGGAAGAGACAGGGUGGUAUUUUAAGUAAAUAAACCUAGUUAAUCUAUGGAAGACUAGUUGCAUCAGCCUAUUACUGCAGGCAAGGUCACCCCAAGUGUCGAAGCAACAUGUACGGUGAAGGAGGCAGGCAUGUUUUAUACUAUGUUUUGGGCACAGUGGUGACCUUAGUUUAGACCCCUUGGGUAGGAAUUGUCUUUACAGAUAUCCAUCUUCCCCCACACCUCUGGUUUUGUAUACUACCUUAUCUGAUGAAAACUUUCAGAAAAUUUGCCACAUUUUUGUAAACUUAUUGGUUGAUCCUCAUAAAGGUAUUUUCCAACUGUGGAAUUCAUAGUUUUUUCUUGGGGACUAGCACAGCUACCUUUUGCUUUUUAUAAGCAGAUUUUCAGUGUAUGAAAUGCGGGUCUGUUAGUUUUUAAUUGGGGGAUUAAGAAGGUUUCCGUUGCUUAUAUGACUAAUUGUCUGUGUUUGAGUGGCAGUGCUCCCCAACCUGGUUCCCUGCAGAUGUUUUGGACUACAACUCCCACCAGCCCCAGCCAGCAAGGCCAGUAGUCAGGGCUGAUGAAACACCCAAAACAUCUGCAGGGCACAGGUUGAGGAAAGGUUGACUAAGGACUAAGCAUAAGGCAGGCAUGGCCAAACUUGGCCCUCCAGAUGUUUCGGGACUACAAUUCCCAUCAUCCCUGACCACUGGUCCUGUUAGCUAGGGAUGAUGGGAGUUGUAGUCACAAAACAUCUGGAGGGCUGAUUUUGGCCAUGCCUGGCCUAAAGUGUGGCAAUAAUAGCUGAAUCAUCUUAUGUUUGAGUAACAAUAAUAAAUACAUAUGAAUUACCCUGGUGGAUAUGACCAACAGUAUAUCUAGUGCAGUUCUCUGUACCCAGUUGGAUGCUCCCUAGCAGCUCACAAGGGAGAUAAUAUAGUCACAUGCCAUCUCUUGAUGUUUAUCUCUCACAUGUUUUAAUCAGAAAUACGUUAAGUCCCAUUCUUCACUCUUACAACUCAUACAUCUAUCUGGCAUGACUAUAUGGCAAUCUUAAAGUCAUCUAUGCUAGUGGCCAUAAUAUUAUCUUGUGGCAUUGGAAUCCAUUACAGUGGUACAUUGGUUCCCAAACGGCUUAGUUGACGAACCAAUCGGCUCCCGAAUGCCGAAAACCUGGAAGUAAGUGUUCCGGUUUGUGAACGUUUUUCGGAAGCUGAAUGUCCAUUUCGGCUGUUGGCAUUGUUUCUGGGGCCAAUCAGAAGUCCGCCUUGGUUUGCAAAUGUUUUGUACGUCGAAUGGACUUCCAGAACGGAUUGAGUUCGAGAACCAAGAUACCACUGUAUUUAAUGGUGGAAAAUAGAUUUAAGAUGAGACCUGAUGAUGAAAAGCACUGAAGCUCAUGGGUAGCUCAAAUUGAACCCUACUUAUUUGGGUUUUUCCCUUCUUCAGGAUUGCAUGAGUUAACCCUGCUUGCAUGUGAUAUUUCUACUUGCGUUAGCUUUUAGGAAUUGUAAUUUGUUUUUAUUCUGCCAUGAUUACAGGUGUUGCUGCUUAUGUUGGCUGGCAAAGCUCUUCAAUUCUAAAGCCUCUGCUCCAGCAAGGGCUCAGUGAUGCAGAAGAAUUUGUCAUAUAUAAGGCCCUCAAUGCCCUUACUUGUAUGUGCCAGUUAGGACUUUUGCAGAAACCACAUAUCUAUGAGUUUGCCUGUGAUAUCGGUAAGCCUGCUCCCCUAGCAGCAAUUUUCUACUUUUAACAAUCUUUUGUCUAGCAUGCCGUUUAUAUUGCCAACUUCAUUAUCCAGCAUAUGGCAUCACUUAGUUGUGAACUUCUAAUCAGAAUGACAUUUAAGCAGUUGUCAUUCAGUGUGUAUUAUGUUCUUGGCCUUACCUUAUGCUUUUUUACUCAGGAAUGUUAGGGCUUAUUUCAAAGUGACUGUGUUUAGGAUUCCAGCCUUAGAAAGCUGAGAAGUCUUUGUUGCCAGUUCUACACAUCUUCUAGUUCACAUGUUACACAAACCAUAGAGAUCCUGAGUCCAUUAAAUGCCACAUGAAGGACUUAUCCACACUUUAAUAACCUGAGGAAAUUAACAAAGACAACCGAGUCUCAACUUGGAUUUGAACAGAAUAAUGUUUAUUUACAGUGCCCAAAUGCUGGUUGGCAAGGCAACUAAAAAUGGCUUUUUGGCCUGAAGUGCCAAAUGGAAUGUCAUAGACUAGCAAGAUGGUUAGUUACUGCAAGGCUGAAGAGGUCUGCUCUCAUGGGCUUGGGGAAAAAAAGCAUGGAGCAGCCCCAUGGGAGAGAGACUGAACAAAUCGGGGCAUUGACAGGUGCCAGUUAUAGGAAGAAGGUUUCCUGAAGGAAGUGGUCUGUGAGACACAUUUAGUUGGAAAAAGAUAUUGAAGUCUAGCCCACCUAAUGGGCCAUUACACAACAAAAUUCAUGGAUAGUGAAUUUCCCGGGACCACCUGAGUCAAACAUAUUGAGUGUCAUGUCAUUUAAAAAUGUGCUCGUGCCUUUGCUGAAAGAAGUGAGCUUGGGAGUUUUCAGGAAAGGCAAAAAGGGCAUUUGAUUUAUUUUAACUGUAAUAAUACAGUUGCAGGUCAGAAUGGAACAAAAGUCCAGGGUAGGUGUCUGCCAUGAGGCAAGAUCCUAAUGUGAACUUGAUUUGGUGUUAUUUUAUGUUGGAUCUCCUUUGGAAUUUAGUCUGAAGUAUGUGUGUGAGUGUGAACUUGUUCCUGUUUUUAGGAUUUUAAUUGCAUGACUUACAUCAAUUAAAAUCGGUUCCUCUCUUUUUGUUCAUUUCCUUCUGCAGCACCAUUCCUGUGCCACCCUAAUCUUUGGAUACGCUAUGGAGCAGUAGGAUUUAUAACUGUUGUAGCACAACAUUUGAAUAUUGCUGAUGUUUAUUGCAAACUCAUGCCUUACCUGCAUCCUUUUAUCACUCAGCCAAUAAUACAGGUAAGGAAUCAACUAGAUAAGCACCUUUCCUUCAUUUGGAAUUGCAGCAUAUGAAGGGCUUGAAAAUAAUUUAGCUUAAUAUCUUCAUGCCCUGACUCUGAAAGCUUCGUUAGAUAUUAGGAUGAUCAAGAAGGUGCUGCGAAUGCCAGCAUCUCAGUGGUGAACCCUCCCUACCUCUGCUGCAAUGGCUUACCACAUGAUGCAAAAGCAUCAUGUGAAUUUUGCUGUCCCAGCUUGAUUUCAUUGGCUACCGCUGGUGGAGGUGAGAAAACCUGGAAUAUGGUGAUCCCUAAUGCAUUUUCAAGGGACGCGGGUGGUGCUGUGGGUUAAACCAAAGAGCCUAGGACUUGCCGAUCAGAAGGUCGGCGGUUCGAAUCCCCGCGACGGGGUGAGCUCCCGUUGCUUGGUCCCUGCUCCUGCCAACCUAGCAGUUCGAAAGCACGUCAGAGUGCAAGUAGAUAAAUAGGUACCGCUCCAGCGGGAAGGUAAACGGCGUUUCCAUGUGCUGCGCUGGUUCACUAGAAGCGGCUUAGUCAUGCUGGCCACAUGACCUGGAAACUGUACGCCGGCUCCCUCGGCCAAUAAAGCGUGAUGAGUGCUGCAACCCCGGAGUCGGCCACGACUGGACCUAAUGGUCAGGGGUCCCUUCACCUUUAAUGCAUUUUCAGUACUCAAAUAUAUUAUUUCAGUAGGGACAGGGGGGAUUUGUGACAUGGAUGCUUCCCCCCACUCAUGCAAAACACCAGCCAGUGCAACGUGUGACCCAGCUCAUCAUGCAUACAAACCCAUCCUACCUAGGUUCUGUUGUGUAACAAACAGUUAGCAGGAACAAACAAAGCCAUGCCAAAAUGCAUGCCAGGUCUGAGGAGCAUUUUAAUAAAAUAGCCCAGAUAGUUCAAACAGGCCCUGGGCAAAUCCUGAUUAGCUCUCAGCUUUCAUUUUAGGGAUGGGGCACCUGUGACCCUCCAGUUGUUGUGGGACUCCAGCACCCACCAUCCUUGUUCCCUGACCAUGCUGGCUGGGACUGAUGGGAGCCGGAGUCCAACAACAUAUGGAGGGCCACAGAUUCCUCUUUCCUGCAUUAAAUGCAAAGUGUAGUUUUCAUUCCUUGGAUGAUUGUUGCGAGGGAAACCACAGUAUGACUUGUGCAGUCCUUUACAUGUUAAAAAGUGUUGCACAAAUAACAAAAAGUAGUUUAAUGAAAAAAGUGCUGCACAAAUAACAAAAAGUAAUUUAAUAUUAUCCAAAGUAACUAGCUCAAAAUAGUCUGAUAUAAAAGAAGUAGAUAUUUGCAAAGUUUUUAAACUUACCAGCCAGUCCCCUUUCUUUUAAAACCUACCACUGAGGUCAGUGUCUAGACCUGACCUCCCGCUCAUUCCCUCAAGAAGAAAAAAUCCUCAGUUGCAUUUCUAUGGUCAUCUGAUUACUUCCUUGUUCCCUGUCCUGAAUUACAGAUAGAUAAAGAAAUAGUCCUACUGAGCGUCCUCAAAGAGCCUGUAAGCCGUUCUAUAUUUGAUUACGCUCUGCGUUCCAAGGACAUAGGAAGCCUUUUCAGAACUCUACAACUUCGUCAGAAGAAAAGGAAUGGCGCUCUUCCCGACUGCCCUCCCCCUGAAGAUCCAGCAAUUGUGCAGCUGUUGAAGAAGCUACUUUCUCAAGUAUAUUCUUACUGCUAUAAUGGUAGUGCUGAGAAUCCACAAUAAAGCAAGGACAUGUAUUGUUUCAGCAUCUGUACUACAUCAAAGUAGUACUUUGCCAGCGGCGCUGACAAUUUCUCCUGCACAAGCCCCAUUGAAAUGAAUCUGAGUUAUGAAACAGCAAUGGUGUCCUUUUACAUUUCAGUGGGGCUUGUGCAUAAAUGGAAGUUCUGUUUAGGAACCCAUGGCUGUAGGAAGCUUAUCAGAUAGUCACCAAAACUAUGUGGUUGGUCUUCGUCCCAGAUUAUUCUGUUUUAUUAUUAAUUCCUAUUGAGUAAGAGCUCUCUCAGCAUAAGAACUUGCAUAGAACUCAUAUUGGCUUGAUUUCCCAAAUGUUUUCGUAUCUGGGCAGCCCACAACAGACCUUCCAACAUUCUGACCAUUAUUUGGGGAAGGGCCAUAGUUCAGUGCCACAGUAUCUGUUUUGCUUGCCCCACAUUCAGUUCCUGGGAUGUUUACAUAGGCCUUGGAGUGCCUCUUGUCUAAAGAGACACCUGCAGAGCCAGGCGCCAGCCAGUAAAAGACUACUUAGUUAGCUGGACCAAUGGCCUGGCUCCGUAUAAGGCAGUUUCCAAUGUCCCUGUUUAAAAAAGGUGCCCUGUUAUAUUGUGGCAGCCAAAGCCACACAUUUCUUUAGUUACAGUGUAAAUCUAACUUUUAUAUCCUGAACCCUCUUGAGCCCAAUUGCCACAUGUUAAAAACUGAAAAUCUUUGCUCUGUCUUGAUAAACUGUCUAUUUUUUGUUUUCUUUUGGGAUAGGGAAUGACUGAGGAAGAAGAAGACAAGCUGUUAGCCUUAAGAGACUUCAUGCUGAAGUCCAACAAAGCGAAGGCCAACAUAGUGGACCAGAGCCACCUUCAUGACAGCACCCAGAAAGGAGUGAUAGACUUGGCAGCUCUGGGUAUAACCGGGAGACAAGUUGAUCUUGUUAAAACUAAGCAGGAGUCUGAUGAUAAACGUGGUUAGUAUGGUCUUGUAAUUUGCAUUGUUGCUUUGUUUAUAAUUUUAUAUUGGAGGAUUUAAAAUGCUUAUAGUAGACGUGGAAGAGUCCACUAUCAACACAUUCCAUCCACAUCUAGAAUAUCUGCUUACAUUGAACUCUUCAGACUGAAGGCGAAAUUUAACGUCUUGAGUUCACAUACGUCUUUAUCGUUUAGUGGAUGAAACAUUGCAGAUUUGAAUGGGCCAUCAAGCUUUCAUGUGAAACUCAAGGUUUUCUUAAUGGAAGCAAUUCACAUAUAACAAGUGAUUGCGCUGGCUUAUUGAGUGAUCUAUAGGCCUGUGUGAAUUAGUAUAAUAUAUGAGGAUGGAGGUUCUGUACCAAGCUUGACUACAAGAUAUUCUCUCACAGCCUCCAGUCAUGUUUCUCCAAUUGUCAGUCUAGUUUCCUGCUAAACUACUAAAAUAGGAAAAUGGACAGGUUUUUAUAGCUUUGUAUAGUUUAACUUGGGGGGACGGGGGUGGCGCUGUGGUCUAAAACCACUGAGCCUAGGGCUUGCCAAUCAGAAGGUCGGCGGUUCAAAUCCCUGCAACGGGGUGAGCUCCCGUUGUUCGGUCCCAGCUCCUGCAAACCUAGCAGUUCGAAAGCACCUCAAAGUGCAAGUAGAUAAAUAGGUACCACUCCAGUGGGAAAGGUAAAUGGCAUUUCCAUGCGCUGCUCUGGUUCGCCAGAAGCAGCUUAGUCAUGCUGGCGAUAUAACCCGGAAGCUGUCUGCGGACAAAUGCCGGCUCCCUUGGCAAGAUGAGGGAGCAAAAUGAGCACGCAACCCCACAGUCGUUCGCGACUGGACCUAACGGUCAGGGGUACCUUUACCUUUAUAGUUUAACUUUGGCAGCAGUAUAUGAAGCUGUAGUUGGUUGUAAAAAAGUAAAAAUCAUGUGAAUUGAAAGUGUCAUAAUAAGGAAACCCAUUUUCAAGCUAGGUAGGCACAAUAUAUUGAAAUGAAGUUUCUGUGUAUUUUGCCCUAUUUGUCCAACUUGCCUUUUCAGAUAUAAUUGGCUGUGUCUGUUCUAACUUUUAGAUGUGUUUACAUAACGGCCUGAAAAACCAUCUUGGAGAUACAUGAUUCUUUCCCUACCACCACCACCACCACAAACUUGGCAUUCUAGAACAAUUACUUCCUUAAUGCUAAGGCCAGCAUAACCUUGCAAAAAUCCACAAAGUUCAUUCACCAAUCUGUAUAAAUAAAGAUGACAUGGGUCAUCUGCAAAAAUUAGGCUAAGCAUUCCAAGUUUAUUUCAUCUGCUGAUGGAUUGAAACCUUUGCCCAAGUCAUGUAACAGCUGAUUUAUAUGAUCCAGCACUCAGUUUAACAUUAUGCAACAAUAAAUCAGGUUACGUAACUCAAAACUCUGCUUAUACAGCUAGAAUCCUGUACAUUUUGGUUGUUUUGUUAUAAACAAAAUCUUACAGUGAUCCUUCUUUUGGGCCUUGCUGACCAGCUAGAAAACACGUAAAACAAGAUUCAAAUGUAAAUGAGGAAUGGAAGAGUAUGUUUGGCUCUCUGGAACCUUCUAACAUGCCUCAGCCAAUUAGCAAAGGCCACAGCCAAGCCACAGAUCAAGAAGCCAUUCAGAGUGGGAAAUCUCUUCGGUCAGAGUCCUCCGCUGGCAUUUGUGCUCCUUUGUCAUCCUCACCACAGGUACUUCUGGGGAUUUUUAAAUUAGUGUGUUUUACCAUAGAAUUAGAAGAGUUGCCAGUAGUUUUUAACAUAGAGUAAUUUAUUUUUACUCUCAAUGCUCAAUCAUUUCUUUGAAAUAGACUCUGGAUCUAUUUUUUUAUACUAUAAACUGCCCUGUGAUAUCCAGCUGAAAGGCGGUUUAUAAAUUUAAUUAAUAAUGAAUAAAUAAUAUUUUUAAACAAGAUUAAUAGUCCUGAAACUACAACUUCUGAACUCAAAUCAGCUUUUGAUUUGGAUGUUGUGGGGUGAAUCAGAUGUUGAAGAGAAUUGUCAAGCCAACAACCCACUAGUAAGAUACAGAACUCUUGACUGACCUGUGUCUUGGGCUAAAUGAACCUGUGAGUGGGAUCAGUGGUGUCACCCCUGCUUGGUGAAGUUUGCAGCUCCAUAGAGCAGCUCAGAGUCUGCUCAAACAGUCAAAAUAUUUUUGCAUUAGGUUAUCAUAGGUAUCUGUUGUUUUUAUGUUUAAUUUCCCCCUGAACGCAUUUCUUUUUGUUGUUGUCCCCCCUACCCUAUGUAACACUGAAUUGACAAGUGUGUGUGUGUGUGUGUGUGUGUGUGUACGUACGUGUACACACAUACACAUAUACAUACACACAUUUCAUGCAUCUGAUAAAGUAGUUCACAAAAGCUUUUCUCAUUAUAAAAGUGUUGGCGUUUAAGGUACCACAAGACUCUCUGCUGGUUUUGCUACAGCAGACUAACACAGCUAUCCUUCUGGAAGUUAUAUUUGAGAUCAUCCGUAGAGACCUUUUUCAGGGCGCCCUCAGCACCUGAGCUUUGCCUACUGGGGAGGUCGUUUUCUAUGGUUGUGGUCCACCUGUGCCUCACUUUGCACCAACUUUUCUGUCUUUAAAGAGUCAGGCAAAAUCUGUCUUGUUUACCUGGGCUUGCUUGGGAUCUGACUGGGAAAAAUCCAGGAUAUAAAUAAAUAAAAUUAAACAAGCAAUAAAUUAGUAAAAUGGUAGUUUGGAGUACAGGCAGCGGCUGUUUCACGUGCAUCUGGUUGAUGCGUGAUCACACACACCUGGAAGUGGCCCAAAUAUGGGCCGGGGUGGGCUGGCGCACACUCUGCCAACACGUGUGGGGAUCGGGAAUGGAAACCCCGUGCAAAACAGCCGCUGCCUGUAAAGUUGAUUUCUGAUGCAGAAGCUGGUUUUGAAUUAUAGAAGAGAGGAUGUCGCCCUUUCCUUUGAAACAUAAAACACGGAUUGUGUUUUCUAAACGUGACUGGGCUUAUUCCUUUCAGGCAGCAGAUGGAACUGUUGUCCAAGCCAGAAAACCAACCAUACAAGUGUUAAGCAAUAUAGCUUCGCCUUCCACAUACCAGCUGCGCAUUACUACUUGUAAAACGGAACUUCAGCAGCUGAUACAGCAGAAACGUGAACAGUGCAACGCAGAAAGAAUUGCCAAGCAGAUGAUGGAGAAUGCAGAAUGGGAGAGCAAGCCACCGCCUCCAGGUAAUACUUGCUAUACUCUUGACAUACCGCCAGAGCUGCUAUGAGGGUAGCACCGAACUGACUCCUUUCAGCCCUGCAAACACCAAGGUAUACUGGCAUGGGGUUGUAUUUCUAUUUAUUGUGUCCUCUGAAGUCCAAUUUGGCUGGUCUGCUUGCAAAGAAAUAGAACAUGUUAGCAGGAAACCAGGGCUCUGUAUUACAGGGGGAGACUUCACAAGUGGAGGAGGCUCCUUGCUUGCGGACAGGUCAGCCUCCAGCUUGGUGGGAGUGGAGGUAGUGCACUUGUUCCUGCUGUUCUGCUCUACUUAUGAGUGUAAUGCCUGAAUGGGGUUUUAGUGGCUUGUAGAUUGAGGGGCUGGGAGCUGGGGGCACUGUUAUACAGUGCUUCCGCUCCUUCCUCCUGGGCCGUGUUCAGAAAGUGGUGGUGGGGGAUGAGUGUUCAGACCCCUGGGCUCUCACUUGUGGGGUGCCUCAGGGUUCUGUCCUCUCCCCCAUGCUUUUCAACAUCUACAUGCAGCCGCUGGGAGAGAUCAUCAGGGGGUUUGGGCUGGGUGUUCACCAGUAUGCGGAUGAUACCAAGCUCUACCCCUCUUUCAAAUCAGAACCAGUGAAGGUCCUGUGUGAGUGCCUGGAGGCGGUUGGAGGAUGGAUGGCAGCUGACAGAUUGAGGCUGAAUCCUGACAAGACAGAAGUACUGUUUUUGGGGGACAGGAGGCAGGCAGGUGUGGAGGACUCCCUGGUCCUGAAUGGGGUAAUUGUGCCUCUGAAGGACCAGGUGCACAGCCUGGGAGUCAUUUUAGACUCGCAGUUGUCCAUGAAGGCACAGGCCAAUUCUGUGUCCAGGGCAGCUGUUUACCAGCUCCAUCUGGUACGCAGGCUGAGAUCCUAGCUGCCCGCAGACUGUCUUGCCAGAGUGGUGCAUGCUCUAGUUAUCUCUCGCUUGGACUACUGCAAUGCACUCUAUGUGGGGCUAUCUUUGAAGGUGACCCGGAAACUACAAGUCAUCUAGAAUGUGGCAGCUAGACUGGUGACUGGGAGAGGCUGCCAAGACCACAUAACACUGGUCUUGAAUGACCUACAUAGGCUCCCAGUACGUUUCCGAGCACAAUUCAAAAUGUUGGUGCUGACCUUUAAAGCCCUAAAUGGUCUUGGUCCAGUAUACCUGAAGGAGCGUCUCCACCUGCAUUGUUCAGCACUGAGGGCCUUCUGGCAGUUCCCUCGCUGUGAGAAGCCAAGUUACAAGGAACCAUACAGAGGGCCUUCUCGGUAGUGGCAACCGCCCUAUGGAACGCCCUCCCACCAGAUGUCAAAGAGAAAAACAACUUCCAGACUUUUAGAAGACAUCUGAAGGCAGCCCUGUUUAGGGAAGCUUUUAAUUGUUGGAAGCCACCCAGAGUGGCUGGGGAAACCCAGCCAGAUGGGUGGGGUAUAAAUAAUAAAUUAUUAUUAUUAUUAUUAUUAUUACUACUACUACUACUACUACUAUAGUUUGUCAAACAUCACUUGCAUGUCGUUGCUACAGAGCUGCUGAACCAGUGCUGUCUGAAUGUAGUUUGGAACUUAGCUUUGUUAGGUGGCAUGUGACGAAAGAAACAAACAAAAAUUAAGGUAGCUCUGUCAACUGUAGUAGGCAGAGCCAAGCGGGAAACUUGCAAUCUUGUUUAAAAGAGAACAUGCUACGUAACAUAACAGUAUAUAUACAAGUAUGUGUCCUGGUCCUUUGCAGGUACAAAAUAUCUACUUGUGUGGACACUUUUGAAUUACUUUUCACACAAAUAGUUUUGUAUUAUUUUGAUUAAAAUAUUCACACCAUACCUUUCCAUCAUAAUGGGGUGUCACACCCGUUUACAAAACUUAAAUAUUGUCAUAAAACAGCAGACAUUGCAAUCAUCAGAAGCUUGUGGAAGCAGUUGUUUUUCAUUGCCACCUGACAGCCAAACAAGAAAGUGCUAAAUGAAUAAUUGUAUGCUGCCCAGUACAUAAAAUAAGGCCUUUGAAUAGUUCUCUCUACUCUGUGAUGAAUUUGGAAUUGAAGUGCAUCUACAUUGUAAAACUCUAAGAUAUAUUUUAGUUUUCCAUCUGUGAGAAAAGAGAGCCAGAAACAUGGCAACAUUUAUCCUUCAUGUACUUUGUAAGUGAUAUAUGACACGUAAUCCUAAUCCUAUAACUCAUUAGUCUCCAUGUAGCAUCUGACCUUCCUAGAAGCAAACAACAUGCAAGAUGUUUACUGGCUUGAGAGUCUAGUUAAAUUUCUUGGCCAAAUGCAUUCUAAUUCUUUGCACAUUUCUGAAAUAUUUAAACAAGCUCCUGUCCAUUCAAAAGUAACGAUGCUAACUUUGUCGAAAAGACAAAGCAUUAUAAAACAAUUUGAAAAGUAAAUCUUGCAUUUCCUGUUCACUUUCAAAUAUAUUACAUGUUGAUCCUGAUUUAGUAAUUGCUGAUAUAUACAGUUGUCACAGUCUAAAGUCCCAUGUGUGAGACAUUUUGCAAAAGGAACUCCUGCAUGUGUUUGCUUCACCGCUGAUAUUAAUGGGAAAAAAUUCUUUUGCUUUCCUUAGGAUGGCAUCCUAAAGGGCUUCUGGUUGCUCACCUUCAUGAGCAUAAGUCUGCUGUGAACCGCAUUAGAGUUUCUGAUGAACAUUCAAUUUUUGCCACAUGUUCAAAUGAUGGAACAGUGAAAAUAUGGAACAGUCAGAAAAUGGAGGGCAAGACGACUACUACUAGGUAAUGCAUAACACCACAGGAUGGCAGGAUACUCAUAAAUAAUAAAUAAAUAAGAUUAAAACUUUUGCACCAACACAAAUAUUUUGCUACCAUCUGGGUAGCUUAAGAACACAUGCUCACUAUUUUUUUAUUUUGUAUUCAUUGGCAAUGGUGUUUGAAAUCCUCUUGGAUGUUGCGGUUCAGAUGUGUUACUAAAAUAACAGAAUCCAGCAGUUAAAAAUUAUUUUUCCUUUGACUUACACCAUCCCUUUAUUCAUAUAUAUUUAUUACUUAUCUUGCUCUAUCUCUAUCCACUUCGACUCUUCAGUGUUUAAACAGUGAAUGAAGAGCUGAAGUAAAAUAAAUAUCACAUGGGCUCAGCGUGGCUUAUAGCACUAUGUUUAUACACCAAUAGCUCUGUUCCCUAAGGUUUCACAAUCUCAGGAAUUAAAUGGUCUGAGGGAUAGACUGAGUCGGGGCAAAACAAAAUCUGUUUUUUUAAAGUGAGUUGUUCAUACCACAGCCAAAGCAACCAUUAAAAAAAAAAUCAUAGAAUAAUGCUUUCUGCAGACAUGCUAAAUGUCUAUUGUUAAAGAGGUGCUGAAGAGUUAAGUGGGUUGAAUCACAAUCUUUGCCCAGGAAGUAGGUGAAUCUUUACUCCCAGGCUUUGGAAUGCUGCUCCUCUCCAGCAGCAACAUAAAUUAAGGAGCUGCAGAGUGGGAUGUUCAGAUAUAGGGACUCUGUAGCUGUUAUUUCACAUACCCAUCCCUUCCAGAUUAAAAAGGAAAAAGAAACAAAAAUUCCAGAAAAUAGUAGUCACUUAUUCGCCUAACCAUAUGAAGGACUACUGAACACAUGCAGGGACCAGUUGGGUUAAGACAAACAACUUCACUGAAUGGAAAAUACAAGUCUUUGAUUGCUUACUAUGUAAAAUGUACUUGCUGUAUCACUGUUAGUGUCUCCCCCCACAAUUCAAAUAAUAAAUAUAUUCCUAUCCAAUCAUAACUCAGCUGAUAUUAUAUCAGGUGACCCAACUUGUAAUUUCUCUCCCAAGUUGAUGGAAAAGGGGAUCUCUUAACAGAAAAUGCUCAUUUUCUGCAAAUUCCCAGGAUUCUGUAGAACAAGCCAUGAUAGGAGAGAUGUUUUAAAUUUAGUUGUCUAUUUGAUAUUUCAUUGGGCCUUACUGUUCAAUUUGUGUAGAUUUUUAGAAUCUAGCAGUCUUUGAACUAUGUCCUUUCUGCUUUCUAUGACAGGUCAAUCUUGACAUAUUCCCGGAUUGGAGGGCGUGUGAUGACGCUUACAUUUUGCCAGGGUUCUCAUUACCUGGCUGUAGCUUCAGAUAACGGAGCUAUUCAACUUCUUGGGAUUGAAGCUUCAAAACUACCCAAGUCUCCUAAGAUCCAUCCAAUACAAAGCAGGUUUUUAUCAAUCCUUUGAUGCAUCCCUUUGGGUAUCUGUUGUGCUCACUAGCAGGUUCAUAUUAGAAGCCUGAAAUGGUAUAGUCUACUCUUGCCACCUCAUUCUCCUGAAUGUGUGUAGGUACUACACCCAGGGCCGGAUUUAGGUUUGAUGAGGCCCUAAGCUACUUGAAGGUAAUGGGGCCCUUUAUAUAUUCAGCUGUCCUUUGUCAACAACAAAUUGUUGCUGUUUUUUUGUGUUGAAUAUAUGCUGUAAUUUAUGGACCUAAUAGGUAUCUAAAGCCAUUUGCACAUAACAAAAUAUGUAUUUUAUCAAAGUAAUUGUUGAACUUAUCUUAUAUUUUGGAAAUGUACAUCCAGUUUUUUCCCCUUUAAUUUUUUUGGGGGUUCCCAAGAGAGUGGAGCCCUAAGCUAUAGCUUGUUCAGCUUAUACGUAAAUCCGACACUGGCUACACCUCUGCUAUACCUGAGUUCCUUCAUUCAGAUACUGAGUUUAUUGUGGGCACUGAGGAAGAUAGAGACAUGCAGAGAACAUUUUGCUGGUGUUACACUGCCCUCUCAUUUUUCCUGCCAGGGAGGUCAUUCUUUUCCAAGAUUUGUGAGAGGGCUGAAUGAAUACUUGGGGCAUGAAUGAUAAAACAAGUAUCUGCUAUAACUAGGUACAGAAUCUCCAUUCAGAUCCAGAAUUAGUAGUUCCAGCCAAAUAUGCAUCACCAAAACGAGAGCAGAGUGGAAGGCUAUAGGCAAAAGAAGCAAGAGUGUGGACAAUUUGAAGUCCUGUGACAUUUCAAUGAAUUAUACCCAUCUUGUCAUCUCCUUUACUCAGGUUUUUAGAUCAGAGGGACGAUGGCUGUGUCGUCGACAUGCAUCACUUCAAUUCAGGAGCCCAGUCAGUGUUGGCUUACGCCACUGUGAAUGGUUCCUUAGUGGGAUGGGACCUGAGAUCUUCUAAUAAUGCCUGGACAUUGAAGCAUGAUUUACGGUUGGGACUUAUAACCUCAUUUGCUGUAGACAUACAUCAAUGCUGGCUUUGUAUUGGUAAGAUGCAUUUUGUGUUUCCCCCAUUAAAUAAUUACAUGUAUUUAGAAUCACCAUAUACAGUGGUGCCCCGCAAGACGAAUGCCUCGCAAGACGGAAAACCCGCUAGACGAAAGGGUUUUCCGUUUUGAAUUGACUGCAGACAAUUCCCUAUGGGCUUGCUUCAAGCAAAUGUCUUACGAGUCUAGAGAUUUUAAUUAAUUCCCUUUAUCUAAUCUGCUAAUGCCUUUAUAGCCUUUAAUAGCCUUUUGGCAGCUAAUCUCUAAGCCUUUAGCCUUUGAUAGCCACUAAACCGCUAAUAGCGCUAAUCCGUUAAGCCGCUAAUAGGGUUGCUUCGCAAGACGAAAAAACCGCUAGACGAAGACUCUCGCGGAACGGAUUAAUUUCGUCUUGCGAGGCACCACUGUAAAUAAAAUUGCUCUUUGUGAAGGUCUUGUGGGGAAUGACUGCAACAUCCUUGCUUUCAAGAGGGGCAGUUUAGUUAGGUUGCCGGAGAGAUGGGUGGAUUUGACGUCAACUCCAUUUUCUGUUACGGAUUUAAUCUGGGCAAAUCAUGUCCUCUCGUUCUUGGUUUCCCAGUAAGUUGCUAUGCAGGGCUGUUACAAGGGGCAAGUGCACUAAAUCUCUUUGCGAAAGAUAAAAAGUGUAAGUGAUUAGCGGAAAUCAAAGAUGUCUUUGAACCUUAGGCAUACUGGUACAGUAUAUGUAUAAUCAGGGCCAGUGGACAUUGCUUAAAAUGUCAUUAACUUCAGUCUUAACCAUGUCUAAAGGUAAAGGUAAAGGGACCCCUGACCAUUAGGUCCAGUCGUGACCGACUCUGGGGUUGAGGCACUCAUCUCGUUUUAUUGGCCGAGGGAGCCGGCGUACAGCUUCCGGGUCAUGUGGCCAGCAUGACUAAGCCGCUUCUGGCAAACCAGAGCAGCGCACAGAAACGCCAUUUACCUUCCCGCCAGAGCGGUACCUAUUUAUCUACUUGCACUUUGACGUGCUUUCGAACUGCUAGGUUGGCAGGAGCAGGGACCGAGCAAUGGGAGCUCACCCCAUCGCAGGGAUUUGAACUGCCGACCUUCUGAUCGGCAAGUCCCAGGCUCUGUGGUUUAACCCACAGAGCCACCCGCAUCCCUACAUGUCUACUCGGAAGUAAAUAUUGAAUUUAAUGGGGCUUACUCCUUGGUCAGUAGGGCUAGGAUUGCUGCUGAUAGUCUCUUUUUCUUUACAAGGUACAAGCAGUGGUACCAUGGCAUGCUGGGACAUGAGAUUUCAGUUACCCAUCUCUAGCCAUUCCCAUCCUUCCAGAGCACGGAUCAGACGCCUGCUUAUGCAUCCCCUCUCCCAGUCAUGGGUGAUUGCAGGUAGAGCUCACUCUCUUUCUCUCUCUAUCAGAGCACUAGCAAAAUGGCAGAUGGCCAUCCAUCCUCUGCUUAAAAACCUCCAAGGAAGGUUUUCUUAUGGGAUUCUGUUCCACUGUACUGUAAGUUCUUCCUUAGGUUUAGUCGGAAUAAGUGAGGGCAUUCUCCAGCGGUUGCUAAGGGACAGUCUUCACAUGCAUUUAUUUUAAUGAGUGCUGUCAGCAGCCAAGUAACUCGCUUUCCUCAUCCCUUUUAUAUUGCUAGACUACAAUUCAAUAAAUAAACCCUAAGAUGUAAGUCUGCCCCCAUUCCUGCACUUUUGGUUUAUAACGGUUGUCCAUGGCUUUUCCGUAGCUGUUCAAGGCAAUAAUGAAGUCUCCAUGUGGGAUAUGGAAACAGGCGACAGACGCUUCACGUUAUGGGCCAGCAAUGCCCCACCUCUUUCAGAACAUCAGGUUUGGCUUUCUGAUUGUAAAGUUUUGAGCAGAAUAAAGCAGGCCUAUGUAGUUUUUAGUCCUUUGGUGGAUAUUAAAUGCCCAUCAUGCCAAAGUUUUAUGUUUUCAGUUGGGAAGAGAUGUAUUAUCUAUACUGGGUUAAGCAAAAUACAUUUCGCCAAUUCUGAAAGCGCUUCCUGUGUACUUCUGGGUGCAAUUUAAAGCACUGAUGUUAACUUAUAAAGUCCUGCGUAGCUUGGGGCAAGUGUACUAAGCUCAGAUAGUGGUACCAAACAAAAUGAUGUAAGCUUUCAGUUUCUCAGAACUCUUCAUUAGGCUAGAUAAUACAUGAAGCAGAAGUUGGGAAGAUGAUGCAGAGGGGAUUAAAAAAAAUAACCUUAAGGUUUGCAUUCAGACUCGGUCUGAAGAUGUAGAUUACAGACUAAAUCAUUUAGCAUGCAGGCUGAAUUAUAUGCUUGCAGGCACUGAAUUACACAUAGAUUCUUGGAUGAAGAGGCAGUUGCUGAGCCCCAUUUUGAAACGUAAAAACCUGGCUAUCACUCUGACCUGUCUCUGUUUUAGCCCCUAUUUGCUUACUUUAGACUUGCCAUAUGUCCCGAAUUUCCCGGAUAUAUCUGGAAUACUGCAGUCGCAAGCAGUGUCCAAGGGGAAAUUGGCCAAAUCAAUGGAGAAAUCCUGACAUAUGGCAGCAACCCUAGCUUACUUGGAAGUAAGUACCACUGUCCUCAUUGGGGCUUACUCUUGAGAAAGUGUGCAUAAGAUUGCAAGCAUUCAAACCUAUACACGUCUACCCAGGUGUAAGACCUAUGGGGACCAGUGGGACUUACAUACUUGUGAAUAAGUGCAGGGUUGCAGCCUUAGUGUUUUUAUCUGCUACUGUUUGAAUAUUUUUCUUUUGCUAAAUGCUCAACAGCUGUUUUUAUUCUCCUUGUAUUGUUUUCUAUCCUGAGAUUUCAAUUUAUUUCAUAACUUGUAAAUUGUCUUUGGUAUUAAGUAAAUAAUCAAAUGUAAAUGUGUGGAUACAAAAUUUAAAAUGAUUAAUUUGAUUUUUUAAAAACAAAACAAAACAAAAAAAAUGUUUAUAGUUGUAAUUCGAAGUUCAAUGUCUUUCAUUAGAAGCUACAGCUAUGUGUUCAGGAUUAGUGCCUUAAUGACAUGAUUGUUAAUUAAGAUAACUCAGUUUUUAAAAGUUAGCAUAUUUUAACACCCGUUGUUGAAAAAAAACCUAUUCCCCCCCCUUUAGCCUUCACCUCAUAGUGUUCAUGGAAUAUACUGCAGCCCAGCAGAUGGAAAUCCUAUAUUACUGACAGCAGGUUCAGACAUGAAGAUAAGGUAAAAUCUAAUAAAUGAUGAUAUCUCACCACCACAGAAGCUAGAGUUUCCUUUUCUGCAUAAAAAUCCCGUAUGAAGUAAAAAAAACAAAAACCAAUCUUGUAAGGUUCAGAAUUUAUUUGACUAACAUAUUGAUUCAAACUGGUUGGUGGGAGGAGGGAACCUCCCAGAUUUAGUGUGUGUUCAACCAUUCUGUAUAUGGGACAUAAACUUCUCCCUUUUGUGUAAACCUGCUGAACACCAAACUGUAAGGCUUUGAAAAAGAAAUAUACCCCCCAAGUACCUUAUAGAAUAAAAUUUUCUAGUCACCUGAUGUAAGGCUAGACAGGCCUGUUAUGUGACCCUAUACCGCUCUCCUUAUGAUAGCUGCAAUGCUGUUUUAAAGCCUGGAAGGAUUCUAGUCAAAGAUUUUAGGUUUUAUAUUGUCGCCUUUGUUCUUUGCAGGUUCUGGGAUUUAGCAUACCCUGAGAGGUCCUACAUUGUUGCUGGAAGUUCAAGCAGCCCAUCUGUGUCUUAUUAUAGGAAGAUCAUUGAAGGCACAGAAGUUGUUCAGGUAUAGUUGCUCGCAAGUCUCAUUCCCAGACCUGGGAAAGUGGGAAUUGUUCCGCUGUCACUGCAGGCAGUAGCUAUCUGUGAGCACAUUCAUAUUCCGCAUAGCAAACUCAACAGCUCUGGAUUCACUGUCAGUUUUGCAUGUAACAAAAUAAAGAGUGUAUCCAAUAUGCACUUGUUGGGCUUAAAACAGGAAAGCACCUUUCAGGGACGUGGGUGGUGCUGUGGGUUAAACCACAGAGCCUAGGACUUGCCAAUCAGAAGGUUGGCAGUUCGAAUCCCCGCGACGGGGUGAGCUCCCGUUGCUCGGUCCCUGCUCCUGCCAACCUAGCAGUUCGAAAGCACGUCAAAGUGCAAGUAGAUAAAUAGGUACCGCUCCGGCGGGAAGGCAAAUGGCGUUUCCGUGCGCUGCUCUGGUUCGCCAGAAGCGGCUUAGUCAUGCUAGCCACAUGACCCGGAAGCUGUACGCCGGCUCCCUCGGCCAAUAAAGCGAGAUGAACGCCGCAACCCCAGAGUCGUCCGUGACUGGACCUAACUGUCAGGGGUCCCUUUACCUUUACCUUUCAAUAAAAACAGUUAAAUACAAUGCAAAACAGGAAAGCACCUGAAACCAAAAGGAUUUAGUCAUCAACGUUUCACCAUUUUCCCUUUUCAACAGGAAAUUCAAAACAAGCAGAAGGUGGGCCCCACGGAUGAAACUCCUCGAAGGGGUCCCGAGUCUUUACCAGUUGGGCAUCAUGACAUUAUCACAGACAUUGCUACUUUUCAGACAACUCAAGGAUUUAUAGUUACUGCAUCACGAGAUGGCAUUGUCAAAGUGUGGAAGUAAAAGUUGCACUGACCUAUAGGAACUGUAAAUACAGGUAAUAAAGAGAAACAGGACGGGAUUGAGUCUCUUUUGAAGAAUUGUUUCGAGAACAUAAAUGAUGGAUUGUAAAGCUCAUGACGGUGACCAGUGGUCCUUUCAGAACCUGCCAUUGUAUUAAAGUAGAGUGACUCAUGCAGUGUUUUUCUGAAACAACCAAGCAAAUGCAGUUUAAAAUGAAGGCAUCACGCUUAACUUCUGACCAUGUUAUUCUUUGGAAGUCUAACAGAUGGUUUAUUAUCACAUGAAGAAAUCUGUUACAUCAACAAUAUUUAUGUAAACUGACUUUGUUUUUUUAUUUACUUGAGCGAAUGAGAAAGAACGAUAAAAUGGUUGCACUUUUGUUCAUGUAUAUUCAAAUCCCUGUAUACCUAAUAAUGAAAAAAUAAAAAGAGUUUGGAUCAUU